AUGGGUGCUAAGGCUAACUGCGAUGAACAAAACAGACAACUAUUCAUUGGUGGUUUAAACUUCCAGACAACAAAUAAAUCACUUAGAGACUUUUUUGAGCAAUGGGGUGAAGUUGAAGCGGCUUUUGUCAAGAGAAACCUUCAAACAAAACAAUCUCGGGGUUUUGGAUUUGUUUUUUAUUCUCAAUCCUAUAUGGUUCAUCAAGCCAUGUCACAUACACCUCAUACAAUAGAUGGUCGUGAAGUUGUAACCAAGCUUGCUAUACCUCUUUCAACAACAAAUAAAUCACUUAGAGACUUUUUUGAGCAAUGGGGUGAAGUUGAAGAAGCUGUUGUCAAGAAAUACCCUCAAACCAACCAAUCUCGGGGAUAUGGAUUUGUUACUUAUUCUCAGUCAUAUAUGGUUGAUCAGGCAAUGUCAAAUACGCCUCAUAGAAUAGAUGGUCGUGAAGUUGAAACCAAGAUUGCUUUACCUCGUUCCGUAAUUAAUGAACCAAAUAAUACAAUUGAUGUAAAAAAAGUGUUUGUUUCUGGCAUAAGCGAGCAAUCAGAACAUGAUAUUUAUGAAUAUUUUAGACAAUUUGGUAAUAUCACUUUUUUAAAAAUAGUGUAUGAUAGUUAUAAUGGUAUAAUUAAAGGAUUUGGAUUUAUUAAGUAUGAUGUCAAAGCUUCAGCUGACCAAGUUCUUUCGAUCAGACAUCAUCUAGUUGCUGGAGGAAAAUUGAACGUAAAAAAGGCUUUUAGUCGUAGAACCCAAGGCAGUUAUGGUUAUGUUGGAGGAUGCCACUAUUUCGGUUAUAGCAAUAACUUAUGUGUACCAUGGGGAGGAUAUUAUAACAACAUCAAUAUAUUUUAUUAA